UGACGAAAAAGUUUGUCAAAUUUGAAUUCUGCUGUAAAAGGACAUUAUUACCUAUUCGCAAGCUUUUCCCUCAUUUCUGUUGAGAUUUUGAAGAUUACCUACGUAUUAUUUGUUCCUUACACCAUGAAUUUACAGCAGGGAUCGUAUUUGGUUUGAAAUUCAUUAUCAUAACUUGCUCAUUAGUCAUCUGUCAGGAUACAUCAGUUAGCAUUGAAGAAGUGACGAGGAAGUGCGGAGAUUAUGAUAUUGAUUUAUCAUGCAAUAUCACACAACAAGAAAAUCAAACGUAUUGGUAUCGUUUAUCAGUGGAGCAAUUGGAAAAAAUACCCCAUAAUUCAUUAGAGGAUUUAUUUAAAUACCGAGUAAAGAACACUUUCGCUGUGAAUGAGAAGACAAAACUUAUACUGCGCUUUAUAACAAUAGAAGAUACCGGAAUGUAUUCAUGCUUGGAUUGGUCACAAAAAACAGGGAUACGGGUGAUUCGCCGCAUUUUAUUACAAGUCAAAUGCAAAGGUGAUGAAAACAAAAAUCAUGUAAAGCAGUACGUGGAAAAAAUCCAGGAUGCCUUGGCAGUACCUUAUGUAUUGCAGAAGCGGGUUUCAAUGCCAGCAUUUGAACACGUUCUAUUCUUGUUCACUUUCAUCAGAGGAUAUCCACAUCCGCAACCAAAUGAUAUUCGUUGUAUUAAAAAUAAUGAAUAUCGCUCCUGUGGUUUCGAUAAUUAUGGAAAUUCACUCAUGGGGGUUUCAGAAACUGAUUUAAAAGAGCAAUCAAAUUACACUUUCAACAUAUGCAAUACGAAUGGUUGUAUUAAUGAUACCUUCAACGCCCUACAUAUGACUGAAAAUGACACCACUGAGCUGGAAGUAACUCCGCAUCAAAAUUAUACACAAAUUUGCUGUUAUGAUCGAUCAAAAUCAGCUUGGGAUGCACGAUGGGUAAUCUGCGAGGAUGAAACAGAAAAGAUCCGUAAAGAAGAAAAAAUUGAGCCACCUUUCCACAUUACUUGUUGGACUAUGUCUGUGGCACGUACAGGCACAUAUAAAACAAAAACGCUGGUGGACACACAAUGGCAGACGAUUUGUACAUUUAAUUUGAAAAGCAGCAAUGUCACAACGAUUAUACCAUCCACAAUCACCCUGAAUAAUUUUUCAACAAAUCAAGCUAAAACCACAACUGAAAAUAUUCUGGAAACACGGAAUGUGAAGUUCAACUCAUCCACAACCAUCCGCAAUUCAACUAACCAGGCUACAACUAUAACAGAAAAUACUCUUGGUGCGAUUCCUUUCAAUACUGAUGGUUCUAGCUUCAAAAUACUGGUCACCAUAUUGAUAAUAAUAUUACUAUUCUCAAUAAUAAUUGGUAUUUGUUUUUUCUGCAAUUACAAGAGGGAACUGAAAAAACGAGAAAGAGAAAUUGUAAACAUAACACAAAUGGUGAAACAGAUCAUUGUUCGAAAACAAAUCGACAUUGGCGAAAAUUUUCAAGAUAUUGCGAAUAUGCCAGUCGUUUCAAUUCAACAUUCAAGAAGUGGUCAAGUCAGAAAUGGUAUGGUAUCUGUUGGCGAGUAUGAAAUGCCAUUAGAUGAACGUUGGGAAUAUCCCCGGAAAAAUUUGCGCAUUAUGAACACUUUGGGUGAAGGCGAAUUUGGAAAAGUUGUUCAAGCUGAAGCGAUAAACAUUUCAGUACAUGGAAGCGGAAUAACAAUUGUAGCAGUGAAAAUGCUCAAAGACAACCAUUCUGACUCUGAUAUGAUCGAUUUAGUAUCUGAAAUGGAAGUACUAAAGUUACUCGGGAAUCAUCCGAACAUCCUCCGACUCCUUGGCUGCUGUAGCCAAGGGGGACCCCUGCUUGUAAUCACAGAAUUGGCUCACAAUGGAAACCUGAAAAAUUUUCUACAAAAACACCGUCAUCAAUCCAUCAAACCAACAGAAAUCACUCUUCUGACUUAUGCUCGUCAAAUUGCUCAGGGCAUGAUUCAUCUAACUGCUAUGAAGUGCAUUCAUCGAGAUUUAGCAGCUCGAAACGUUCUUGUAACAGCUGACCACACGAUGAAAAUAGCAGAUUUUGGCCUCGCUAGAAAUGUGGAAAAUUCGGAGUACUACAAAAAAACAACGGAAGGUAGGCUUCCCGUGAAAUGGAUGGCACCUGAAGCUUUACUUCACAACAAAUACUCUAUAAAAUCCGACGUGUGGUCAUAUGGUGUACUAUUAUGGGAAAUUGUGACCUUUGGUGAGAAUCCAUACCCUUCGAUCAAAAGCUUUGCUGGGGUAAUUCAGGUUAUAAUCCAGAAUCGUCGGCUGGAGAAGCCCCUUAACACAUCCGCAGAUGUGUACAAUUUGAUGCUAGAUUGUUGGAAAUAUGAACCCAAACAGCGUCCAAAUUUCUCAACUAUUGUUGAACGUAUAACAGAAUUAUUGGGUAAUGUAGAUGUGGACAACGAGUCUGACUAUUCAGAGAAUUCUGAUCAAUCUGAAUUAAGAAGUUUAAUCUCCCCCACAGACUCCACUGAAGAUGAAAAUGCAAGCGAGUUGCAUUAUUCUUUAAAGGGUUGAUUACAAAGUGCUCUCAUAGAUGAGGGAAUUAUCAUGUUUAAAGUUGAGCAGAAAAUCGUAGUUACACCAUUGCAAGGACUGUAGUAAAAGGAUUGUAGACCUCCACAACUUCCAAUGAGAAGCAAAGCGAAUGCUACAUUAUGCUUUCUUUACUUCAGAACAUUAUACUUAUUAUUCAAUUUUAUUUUUUAUU